CAUGUCGAGGGAUGCUGUGUGGGUUCGGGGCGGUGUGUGAGAGGAGCUCCACCGACCCCUCCCAGGCCUCCUGCGUCUGCAAGAAGACAGCUUGCCCCGUCGUGGUGGCUCCUGUCUGUGGCUCCGAUUACUCCACCUACAGCAACGAGUGUGAGCUGGAGAAGGCCCAGUGCAACCAGCAGAGACGGAUCAAAGUCAUCAGCAAGGGACCGUGCGGCUCCAAGGACCCCUGCGCAGAGGUGACCUGCAGCUUUGGCAGCACGUGCGUCCGCUCCACCGACGGCCAGGCAGCCAAGUGCGUCUGCCCGUCGUCCUGCAGCGGCGUGCCCGAGAGCACGGUGUGCGGCAGCGACGGCAAAGACUACCGCAGCGAGUGCGACCUCAACAAGCACGCCUGCGACAAGCAGGAGAAUGUUUUCAAGAAGUUCAAUGGUGCCUGUGACCCUUGUAAAGGCGUCCUCAACGACAUGAAUCGCGUUUGCCGGGUGAACCCCCGCACCCGAAAGGCAGACCUGCUCUCCCGCCCCGAGAACUGUCCCCCAAAGAGGGAGCUUGUGUGCGGUGACGACGGGGUGACUUAUGACAACGAGUGCGUGAUGGGGCGCUCGGGGGCCAUCCGGGGACUGGAGAUCCAGAAGGAGCGCUUGGGUUCCCAACCUUCCCCGCCGCUCCGUGCCGUGCUCUCGGCAGCGAGAGUGUACGCCCUUCCCCUGUCCUCGGGGCGGGUGCGAGCGGCGCUGUCCUCCCUCCUCCCAGACAAAUGCAAGGAUGAGUGCAAGUUCAACGCUGUCUGCCUGAACCGCCGCGGCACUGCUCGCUGCUCCUGUGACCGCAUCACCUGCGACGGUGCCUACCGGCCUGUCUGUGCGCGGGACAGCCGGACCUACAGCAACGACUGCGAGCGCCAGAAGGCUGAGUGCCACCAGAAGGCUGCCAUCCCAGUAAAGCACAGCGGACCCUGUGACCUGGGCACACCCAGCCCGUGCCUGAGUGUGGAGUGCACCUUCGGGGCCACGUGCGUGGUGAAGAACCAGGAGGCCGUGUGCGAGUGCCAGCAGGUGUGCCAGGGCCGCUACGACCCCGUCUGCGGCACCGACAACCGCACCUACGGCAACCCCUGCGAGCUCAACUCCAUGGCCUGUGUCCUCAAGAGGGAGAUCAAAGUGAAGCACAAGGGGCCCUGUGACCGUUGUGGCAAGUGCCAGUUUGGGGCCAUCUGCGAGGCGGAGACAGGAAGGUGCGUGUGCCCCACGGAGUGCGUUCCCUCCUCUCAGCCCGUGUGCGGCACAGAUGGCAACACGUACGGCAGCGAGUGCGAGCUCCACGUCCGGGCGUGCACGCAGCAGACGAACAUUUUGGUGGCUGCCCAAGGAGACUGCAAGCCCUGCGGCAGCACGGUGUGCUCCUUCGGCAGCAAGUGCGUGGGCGGGCAGUGCGUGUGCCCGCAGUGCGAGAGGCAGCCUUUCGCUCAGGUGUGCGGUAGCGAUGGCCUCACCUACGACAACCAGUGCGAACUGCGGGUGGCCUCCUGCCAGCAGAAGAGGAGCAUUGAGGUUGCCAGGAUGGGGCCGUGUGAGGACG